AAUUGAGCCUACUCAAAGAACCGAGCUCGAAGAGAGAACCAGAGUUCUUGAAAUGGCAAUGGGUAAAAUCCUUGCUCGCCUGAUCCCUGAUGACCCCUUGAUUCCUUUGUUGAACAGGGAUGCACAGCUGGCUGCGGUUGUUGCAACUCAAAACUCCCCUACUCUGAGCAACAUAGUAGUGCCGACCAAACCAAGGGGAAGUGGGAAGCUAAAUAACGAGCAUAGCUCGUCCAAACAUAGUGAAGAACUGAUAAGAAAGAACGUAGACCUUGAAAGGCAACUGCGAGACGUACAAAAAUUCAUUGACGAGCUGAAAAGUCCCAGGUCACACCAACAGACCCUUGAUUUGGAUAGCGCCCCACUAAACCUAUCCAUCACAACAAAACCGUGUCAAGAGGGGUUCAAAAUUCCCCACCUGGAGACGUAUGAUGGCUCAGGUGACCCGGAUGAGCAUCUGCACACCUAUCAGGCCAUCAUGAGAAUCCAAAAUGCCAAUGAUGCCAUGAUGUGCAAAGUGUUCCCAGCGACAUUGAAAUCAACAGCAAGAAGAUGGUAUCAUAAACUUCCCAAACAUUCUAUAGAUUCCUACUCUCAGCUCGCUAAGCUAUUCUCUAACAAAUUUGCGAGCCAAAAAGAGAUCAAGUGUACAGUGACUGAACUGAUGCAAGUUCAUAAAAAAGAAGGAGAAUCUAUGAGGGACUACAUGCAGCGAUUCAACAAGGCUACUUUAGACAUUGAUAACGUCCCCGAUACCAUCUGCUUGUCUGCCUUGCUGCAUGGCUUGAAGCAUGGUUGGUUCCUAGACGACCUGCUAGAAAACCCACCAAAGACGUGGAACGAAGUGAAUGACAGGUCGGCUAGCUUCAUACUGUCAGAAGGCUUCCAGUCGUCCAAGCGACGAGCUAAUGAUAAGCAGAGCAAAAGCCAUGAACAACCAUCGAGGAGAGAAGAAAGAAAAAGCAGAAAGUCAACGAGCAAUGGGGGAAGCCAGCUGACUUUCCAAAAAGACUGCCAACACUUGAAGGACGAGCUGGAGUUUUUAGCUCGCAAUGGGAAAUUAGAAGCAUAUGUGCAGAAGCCUUAUACCCAGCAACCAUCUCAAACUCACUUUGUGCAAGGAUAUGACCGACCUCAAGGGCAGAGGGGACGUCAGUUCAAUAGGCGAGGCCAAGGACAAAGAACUGCCACCCAGAACCAAAAAGAUAGGAAAGGGGUAGGCUAUACUGGGAUACCCCUGCCCUCUGGUACAAUAAAUAUGAUCUCGGGUGGUAUUCACUCAGGAGGUCAAAGCGCCCGCGGUCGUAAAGCAUAUGCACACCAGGUGUUCAUCGAUACUGGUAGCUCACCAGAUAUCUUAUACUGGAGCUGUUUUCAAAAGAUGCAACUGAAUCCCAGCUCGCUGCAAAAGUAUGAAGGGCCCAUAUAUGGGUUCGAUAACCAGCCUAUCCCGGUUGAGGGAGUUAUUACUCUUCCCAUAUGUGUGGGCUUAGAACCACGCUUCAAGAUGGCCUCUGUUAGCUUCUUGGUCAUCAAGAUGGAAUCAGCUUUCAAUGCUAUAUUAGGAAGAGCCACCCUAUGCGAGCUGAAGGUUGUCAUCUCCCAACCCCAUCUCGGUAUGAAAUUCCCAACUCUUCAGAGGGUCGGAGCGCUUAAGGGGAAUCAGAAGAUGGCCAGAGCCUGCUACCAAGACACUUUCAAGAAGGUCGAGCUCGCUGUGGCCCCGGCAGGUUUUGAAAAUCACAAGCCAACCCAGCUCGGCUUCAUAAGGAGAGUCGAAUACUCUGAGUGGGUGUCCAACCCUGUGCUCGUCAAAAAACCAAGCGGCAAGUGGAGGAUGUGUAUUGACUUCACCAACUUAAAUGAAGCAUGUCCAAAAGACCCUCAUCCCUUGCCGAAUGUGGAGAAGCUGGUAGAGAGGGCAGUUGGACAUGAGCGGAUGAGCUUCCUUGAUGCUAGCUUAGGGUACCACCAGGUUCAGUUACUGUUGGACGACCAGGAGAAAACAACAUUUUAUGCUGGUGACGCAAUCUACUACUAUGUUGUGAUGCCGUUCGAUCUGAAAAAUGUUGGCGUAAUAUAUCAGAAGCUGGUGAAAAUAAUCUUUAAGCUCCAGAUUGGCAGGAACAUAGAAGUAUAUGUGGAUGACAUGAUAGUCACCAGUGUGCGAGCUGAGGAUCAUAUAGACAACCUGAAUGAGACCUUUCAAAAUUUGCGCCGAGCCCAAAUGAAGUUGAAUCCCCUAAAAUGCACGUUCGCUGUAGAAUCAGGAAAAUUCCUAGGGACAGUAAAAGAUGUGCAGCGUCUGACGGGUCAUGUUGCUACGCUGCAUAGGUUCAUUGCCAGGUUGGCCGAAAAAUGCCUCCUGUUCUUUAAAGCCUUAAGAGAGCCCAAGAACUUUCAGUGGACUGAUGAAUGCCAGCAGGCAUUUGACGAGCUCAAGCAAUAUUUGGCAUCAGCACCUCUACUGUCCAAGCCUGUCAAGGGGGAAAGUUUACAAGGCGCAGAACAUAAUUAUCCACUAGCAGAAAAGGCUGCUUUCGCCCUGCUAUACUCAGCUCAUAAGUUGAGAGCUUACUUCCAAUCCCAUCAAAUUGUUGUCUAUACUGAUCUACCGUUAAGAAAGAUAUUGCAGAAACAGGAACUCUCUGGUCGGCUUAUCAGAUGGAGCGUCGAGAUGAGUGAGUACGACCUCAAAUUUCAGCCACGCACAACCAUAAAGGGCCAAGCUGUAGUGGACUUCCUAGUGGAGUGCCUCUUGGCGACGAUGGAAGAGAGGGCACCCGAACACCCAAUCUGGGUCUUGUAUGUAGAUGGAGGUGCUAACAUUGAAGGGUCGGGUGUUGGAGCUGUCAUUAAGGUGUUCAGUGAUUCUCAGCUCAUGGUAGGCCAAGGGAAUGGUAGCUGUGAAAUCAAGGAUCCUCAGCUUGGUCGUUAUGCCUUUGUGGUUAACCGAUUGAAGUCAAGAUUUGCCUCCUUCCAGAUCGACAAGAUACCCAGAACUACCUCGCUCAUUGAUUAUCUGCAAACUGGCGAGCUGCUUGAAGAUCCGUCCGCUGCAAAGUUGAUUAAACACAGGGCGGCACAUUUCACUUUGUUAGAUAAUCAGCUCUACAAACGAGCAGCCUCAAUGCCCCUAUUACGCUGCCUUAUUCCUUUUGAAGUUGAAUAUGCUAUGAGGGAAGUUCAUGAAGGAGUAUGUGGCACACACAUAGGUGGUAGAACUUUGGCUCGGAAACUCCUGAGGCAUGGUUAUUACUGGCCUAUUAUGGUUGAGGACGCACAGAACUACGUCAAAAAGUGCCUGACCUGCCAGUUCAAUGUUGAUGAUAUUCACAUGCCAGUCUGUGGCUUAGCUCGGUCAUUUGUGUAUAGGUUCGGCAUACCUAAACGGAUCAUCGCUGACAAUGGUCCACAGUUUCGAGCCGCUACAUUGAGCUCGUUCUGCAAUGACUAUGGCAUUGAGCUCGCCUUGACCUCUGUAUAUACCCCACAAUCAAAUGGACAAGCCGAGUCCGCCAAUAAAAUCUUCUUGCGAGGCCUCAAGACGCGUGUAUUAGCCACACAUUCUAAUUGGGUAGACAAGCUGAAUAAAGUGCUCUAGUCGUGUCACACUACACCCAGCUCGGCUACAGGUGAAACCCCAUUUAGCCUCGCCUAUGGAGCUGAGGGUGUUAUCCCUGUAGAGGUUGGAUUGCCAUCCGACAGAUCAGAUUGCCAUGACGAUCUUAAUAAUGAGCAACUUUUAAG